AUGACCGAGUCUUCGGCUAGUGAGGAUCUUUUCGCUCACGCUCGAGGCAAUGAAUCUAAUGAAAGAUUCUACAACCUCUGUUUCUGGGGACGCAAUAAUCCUCCAUCCGCGAUGCCUUGCUCACAGUAUACCACGCAGUUCAUUUCCUCCCGCGGAAACGAGUAUUUUUGCGAGAUCGACGAGGAAUACUUGACCGAUCGCUUCAAUCUUACCGGCCUCAACACUGAAGUUCCUUACUACCAGUAUGCGCUGGACCUUGUGACCGACGUCUUUGAUCUCGAUGCGGAUGACGAUCUACGCGAGCAGAUCGAGAAGUCCGCCCGUCAUCUCUACGGCCUGGUUCACGCAAGAUACAUUGUCACUACUCGUGGCCUUGGCAAGAUGGCUGAAAAGUACAAAAAUGGCGACUUCGGCAAAUGCCCCCGCGUUUUGUGCGAGGGUCAGCACCUCCUCCCGAUGGGCUUGCACGAUAUUGCGAACCAGAGCACUGUCAGACUCUACUGCGCCAAGUGCGAGGAUAUCUACAAUCCUAAGUCUUCUCGUCACUCCUCUAUCGACGGCGCCUACUUCGGUUCCUCUUUCCAUAGCAUCUUCUUUCAGGUGUUUCCCAAUCUGGUUCCUCCCAAGAGCACUCGCCGCUAUGAGCCCCGCAUCUACGGUUUCCGCGUGCAUGCCAGUGCCGCUCUGGCCCGCUGGCAGGAUCGCUAUCGUGAGCAGAUGAGAAGCCGUCUUAACGAAGCCGGCGUGGAGGUGAAAUACGCCGAAGACAGCGAGGUGGAGGAUGACGAUGAGGAAGACUCUGAGGUUGAAGACCAGGCCUCUGAAGUCAAGGAAGAGAAGCUUUUGGGUGACGCUGCCUCGGGUCGUAUGGACCUCGGCAACUGA